UGACCAUGACAACCUUCCUGGAAUUUAUCCAGGAGAAUGAGGACAGAGAUGGAGUUAGAUUCAGCUGGAAUGUUUGGCCUUCAAGUCGUCUUGAAGCCACAAGAAUGGUGGUCCCGGUCGCUGCCCUCUUCACACCUCUGAAGGAACGGCCAGACUUGCCUCCUAUUCAGUAUGAGCCAGUUCUGUGCAGCAGGACCACGUGUCGAGCCGUUCUGAAUCCCUUAUGCCAGGUGGACUAUCGAGCAAAACUCUGGGCUUGCAACUUUUGUUAUCAGAGAAAUCAGUUUCCUCCUACCUAUGCUGGGAUCUCUGAAAUGAAUCAGCCAGCUGAACUUUUGCCUCAGUUCUCCAGCAUUGAAUAUGUAGUACAGCGUGGUCCUCAGAUGCCUUUGAUAUUUCUUUACGUUGUGGACACGUGCAUGGAAGAUGAGGACUUGCAAGCUCUGAAGGAAUCCAUGCAGAUGUCGCUUAGCCUCCUGCCACCAACUGCGUUAGUAGGUCUUAUCACCUUUGGCCGAAUGGUGCAAGUUCAUGAGCUUGGCUGUGAAAGGAUUUCCAAAAGUUAUGUCUUCAGGGGAACAAAGGACCUGUCUGCAAAACAGCUUCAGGAAAUGCUGGGGCUUACAAAAGUAGCUGUUUCACAAGUUGGUCGGGGUCCUCAAGUGCAGCAGCCGCCACCUUCUAACAG